AUGUUUUUGGCCGCUUUAAUAAUUGCUUCGAAAUAUCUUCAAGAUUGUAAUUAUUCUAAUCGUGCAUGGUCAAGGGUAUCAGGUCUUCCUAUUAAUGAAUUAAAUACGAUUGAGAUAUGUUUUCUUCGACUUAUUGAUUAUAAUUUGUUUAUUUCUGAAAACAAUUUUAAACAUUGGAGUAAAAAUCAACAUUCUAUAGUAAAAUUGCAAGAAAUUAUGAAAUCUAUGGAUGAAUUUGAAAGUUUAGCUCAGAGAUCUUGUCAGAAUGAUUCAUCGAGUGGCAAAUAUCAAAAUCGUAAAAGUACCAGAAUUACGGCAAAUUGA